AUGUGGAGCCUCGGGCUGGCCGGCUGCUUGCCUUGCGGGGCGCUGCUGCUGGUGCUCCGGGAAGCGGCCGGGGCAAGCCGGCUGAGCCCGGGGCACACUCGGGUAUGGGGACCCGGCCUCCAAGCCGAGGCGGUGCUCCCCGCUCGGUAUUUUUACGUCCAGGCGGUGGACGCCGAAGGGAGGAGGUUCACUGUCUCUCCAGGUGAAAAUGCAUUCCAGGUGAAGAUCACAGCUCCUGAUGAGCAGUUCACACGGGUAGGAGUGCAAACGUUGGACAGGAAAGAUGGCUCCUUCGUUGUGAGGUACAGAAUGUAUGCAAGCUACAAAAGCCUGAAGAUUGAGGUCCAAGCCAAAGACAAACACAUUGCCAAAUCUCCAUAUAUCUUAAAAGGUCCUGUUUAUCAUGAGAACUGUGACUGCCCUCAGGAAGACAGCGGUGCUUGGCUGGAAGAGAUGAGCUGCCCUCGGGUCAUUCCACAGAUCCAGAGAGACCUGGCUCAGUUUCCUGCCGUAGACCUCGAUAAGAUUGCCAAAGAAAUUCCGCAACGGUUUGGCCAGAGACAGAGCUUGUGCCAUUACACCAUAAAAGAUAAUAAGGUUUAUAUAAAGACCCACGGUGAACACGUCGGCUUUAGGAUUUUCAUGGAUGCCAUCCUACUUUCUUUGACUAGAAAAGUAAAAAUGCCAGAUGUAGAGUUUUUUGUCAAUUUGGGAGACUGGCCUUUGGAGAAGAAGAAAUCCUCUCAGGACAUCCAUCCUAUAUUUUCCUGGUGUGGAUCCACCGAUUCAAAAGAUAUCGUAAUGCCCACCUAUGACCUGACAGACUCUGUUUUAGAAACAAUGGGCCGAGUAAGUCUGGACAUGAUGUCUGUUCAAGCAAACACUGGGCCACCGUGGGAAGAAAAGAAUAUUACGGCAAUCUGGAGAGGUCGAGAUAGCCGUAAAGAGAGGCUCGAACUUGUGAAGCUAAGCAGAAAAUACCCAGAUAUCAUCGAUGCAGCAUUUACCAAUUUCUUCUUUUUCCAGCAUGAUGAAAGCCUGUAUGGCCCUAUUGUGAAGCAUAUAUCCUUUUUUGAUUUCUUCAAGUAUAAAUACCAAAUUAAUAUUGACGGCACAGUGGCUGCGUACAGGAUGCCUUAUCUUCUAGCAGGGAACAGCGUAGUGCUGAAGCAGGAUUCCAUCUACUAUGAGCAUUUUUAUAACGAGUUACAACCUUGGAAACACUACAUUCCAUUUAAAAGCGACCUGAGUGAUCUCUUGGAGAAACUGCAGUGGGCCAAAGAUCAUGAUGAGGAAGCAAAGAAUAUUGCGAAAACUGGGCAAGAGUUUGCAAGAAAUAAUCUCAUGGGGGACCAUAUAUUUUGUUACUACUUCAAACUUUUCCAGGAAUAUGCCAAGCUACAAAUGAACGAGCCAAAAAUUAGAGAAGGCAUGGAGAAAGUGGAGCAACCCAGUGAGGACCUCUUUCCUUGUAACUGCCACAGAAAAAAGGUCAAAGAAGAACUUUAGCAGGGAGAAAGAAAACAGCUUCUCGUGAUCCUUGGGUAUCUUUGGAUUUUAGAUAUCU